AUGUCAACGUGGCCCAGGAAAGCUGGCUGGUCGGCCAUCUUGGACCGUGCCGACAAGAUCGGGACGGAGAGACAUGGAGGAGGCACGUUUUCAGCUCCCUUCUUCUUCCGGAGGAACCAGCAGCAAAGCCACAACAAGGUCAGAAAUGCAAUGGAGAAUAAUGUACGGACAGGGGUUGGGCGGUUGCACGCGAGUUUUCUGUGGUUCAUGGCCGCCUCCAAGGUCUUUGCCAGCCUGUCCCUGUAA